AAAUUCUUAAAUCAUUCAAGUUAUUUAACAUUAAACACUAGAGAAGAUUGAGUUCGGCUUUUAAUAAAAGAGGGAACUUAAACUCUCUAUUGAAUCCUUGAUGCUUAUAAUGGAUGUACAGACAUCUUCACAUCAUAGCCACGGGCUCGGGACACUAUCACAUGAGCUCCAACAUCGUAUUUUACAGCCGCACAUUCUACACUUAAGUCAAGAAGAAAGCCCUAAUACAAGUACAGCCCAGCUAGAGCACGAUUCCCAAAAUCUGCAACAACAUCACCUAUCUCAUCAUCAGCAACAUGUCGUUCCUCCGACUUUGCACAAUUUACAGAACUCCCGCACUGGUGAUAGUCUGAGCACUACUAUCAAUACUAAUCAAAAUCGGCAAGGUCAUCAACAUCUUUCCGGAAGUAACGUGUAUACCUCACCCCAAAUGGAAGAUAAGUCAAAAGCGAACAAGUUUGAUGAAUAUUCAAACAGGAUACUGAUCAACGUUUCGGAUACGAAUACGACGCCAUCUGCUAACAAUUUCAUGUCACAGGCCCAAGGCGUGGAGUGGAUAACAGCCAUGAACGAAGUUCCAAACGGGGCAGAAGACUCACACAGUUCGCAGGGCAGUAUUUCUGGUGAUGGUCAUGGAGGCGUUAAUCAACUUGGUGGCGUAUUCGUUAAUGGUCGCCCACUUCCCGAUGUCGUUCGUCAGCGUAUUGUGGAGCUGGCCCACAAUGGUGUCCGCCCAUGUGACAUAUCACGUCAAUUACGCGUUAGUCAUGGUUGUGUGUCUAAAAUCCUUUCAAGAUAUUAUGAGACUGGUAGUUUUAAAGCUGGUGUUAUUGGCGGCUCCAAACCGAAAGUGGCCACUCCUCCGGUUGUAGAUGCAAUAGCAAACUAUAAACGCGAAAAUCCCACAAUGUUUGCUUGGGAAAUACGAGAUCGACUUUUGGCAGAAGCUAUAUGUUCCCAGGAUAAUGUUCCCAGUGUUUCUUCUAUAAACCGAAUUGUAAGGAAUAAAGCCGCCGAGAAAGCCAAACACGUUCAUCAUCACCAGCAGCACCAUGUUCCACAGAGUCUCGGAGGGGGACAUAUUGCAACGGAAAGUCUUGACAGCAGCACUGGAACGAAUGGGGAACCGCAGCCACCAACUAGUAAUAGCAGUGCUAAUUCCGCAAACACAAACGUAUCGGCUACGGCGAGUGUACACGCAUCUAUUCCGACGUCAGGCACUGAUUCUGUCCAAGUUUCAGUCGGUCAUAUCAUUGGCAAUAGCAAUGAAACCAGGCAUAUAAACUCAGCGACUGAACAACGAACGACUGGAUAUAGCAUAAAUGGAAUUUUGGGAAUACAACAUGGCCACCACUCUCACAACAACAAUAACAACAGUAGCGUAAACAAUAACAAUAACACGGAAUCAAGUUGUAAACGCAAAAGAAUUGAAGCUCAUGAUGAGAACCGUGACGCAAAUAUACAUUCCGAAGAUGAUGGAAAACGGCAGCGUAUGUCAACGUACAGUGGCGAUCAACUGUAUCCAAAUAUUUGGUCAGGAAAAUGGUGUAUAAAGGAUGAGCACAAGCUCCUUGCCGAGCUAGGCAAUUUGACAACAGGCACCGGAAAUUGUGCUGCUGCAGCCUACUACGAAGCAUCGAACGGAUUUUCAACAAACCCAAUAACAGGAUCUGGUCCCACAGUAUCUGGCAGCGAUACUUCUAUGUUGUACGACAGUAUUACAACGAUUUCGCAAACUCAGAGUUCACUUUAUACACCAGCAAUCGGACCUUCAAUUGGAGCCAGUUCGCUUACCCCGUUAGUUCCUAUUAGUAUGCAUGAAAUGAAGUUUAGCACAAAUUCAAUACAGGAACAAACAGUCCCUCCUUUUUACACAGCUCUAGCAUUUGACGGAAACUACACAUCAAUGAACAGUGUGGAAACUUGUUCAUCCUUAGUCGGGCAAGAACACAUUGUUGUGACAGAAAGCUCGGAUCCGACAAUUCUUUGCCCGAUUAGUACUAGGAUUUCGCCAGACAAUACGGAAAAUAAUAGUACCUGUGUUAAGGAGUCCCUGACUAAUAGUGAUGGAGGCAGAGAAGAUAAUAAUACGGAACCUGAAAAGUCCAACUCUAAUUCGCAAUCCAGUGAUCAUAUUGCUUUGCCACAUCUACAUCAUAUAGAAGAAGAGCAAUUGAGAGGAAAUAGGCGAUCACACUUAAACACAAGUACACAUCCAUCUUCUCUAAUACUUCUGCAGGCGAGCGGAGGAACAUCGUCACUAAAUAUAAGCCCGUCUGACAAUCGAUCAGACGUUGAACUCAAUCUAAGUAACAACGUAGGUCUUUAUUCAACACCUACAGUGCUGCCAAGUUUUAAUCACUACUCCGCAGGCUGCAGCUCAGUUGGGCCCGGCUCAGAUUACGCCUACAAUCCUGCAUAUACACAAUAUGGCGGAGCUUACGGAUCCUAUGGUUAUGGCACUGGCAGUGGCUUGAUAAAUUCGUCCUACUACUAUGAGAACGGUCAAACUCAGUUACCAUUAACACAAGAUCUGCGUUCACCUUUAGCUGCAACGCGCGCCAACUCUCUAGCAUCAGCUGCAUCACCUGGAAGCGGAAGUGCGUGCACAAAAUCCGAAUCGUCGGACAUUUUUCUUGCUUAAUUAAGCUUAAUAUAUAUAUAUGGUAAUUAAGUUUAAAGUACUCACAUCACAGAUACUUCAUUUAAUUUACAUAAAUAAAACAUAACAUUUACAUAAAUAAUUGAUCUUUGAAAUGUUUAGUUUUUGUUAAAUUAUUUCUCAGUGUUUCUUUUUACUGUAAAUACUCACCACCAGUAUGAUUUACAAUGAAUCAAAUUAUACAAAAUCUUAAUAACAACAUAGUUUGAAAAUGCAAGAUUAAAUGAGAAGAAUCUCUAAUUUUUCUCGAAAAAUGCAUUUAUAAGAAUUUUAAUUAGAAUAAUUUUUAAACUUUAUAACCUGAAUUUUUCCUCUCUGCCCAAUAAGAACGGGACUUUUUAAGCAUAUACAAGCAUACAAACAUCACUACAUUUAAAAAAAAUUGUCAAAAGGAAAACUAAAAGAUUAUUGUUUAUUUAUUAUAAAAACGUGCAUUUAUUGAUAAAUUUAGGUUACAAUUUAAGAAGGUAUAUUUAUAAGAGAAGAAUACAAAAUAUUACAAAAAUAGUAAACUACUGACUACUCACUUACAUAUGAAACCAAAAUGCCCAGGCAAAAUUAACCAAAAACGUUAGAACGAAAGUUUAAAAAACUUCAGAAAUAUCUUUAAAUUAAAUAUUGUUUAAGCAACAAAAUUAAAUUUAAUGUAAAAAUGUAAAUAUUUAAAUGACUAUUAUAAAAUAAAAGCGUAAAUAUAAAAGUCUUUGCACAAUUAUACCUCGGUGCGCAUCUUAUUCAAAAAACUAUAAUGUUAUUAACUAUAAUAUAACAUUUAUUUCACGUUAACUAAUCUACAAUCUGCAAUAAUAUUUUUUACAUUAUUUGUACUAUUAUUAUUUAAAAAUUUUGGUCUACUGAACGAUCAAGGUAAAAUGCUUUGAUUGGUGAACUAAAAAAAUUAGUUACUUUGGCAAAAAGAAAUUUUGUGCAAACCUAAUAACACACUUCUUUAUUAGAAGCAUUUCUACAGUUUUAAAAUAACAAUUAACGUUGAAAACGUUUAUAUAUAUUUUACUUGAAAUUUUAUUUUUGUUUAGAAAAAAAAACGGCUACCACGCACAAGGUUCUAUUGGCCUUUGUAAUAUACACGUCUAACAUUAAAAACUUGGAACAUUGGUUCAUGAAAGAAUGGCCCAUUAAUUUAAAAUUAUAUUAAUGCUUUCAAAUUAGUGUUUAUAUUCUGUAUUAAAAUACUCUAGUAGACUUUGAACACAAUUUUUAAUUUAAGUUCUAUUCGUUGUUUAAUAGAUUUAGACUUAAGCUAGUUUUAACAACAAGUUAUAAUAGAAAAGCACAAACCAAAUUUAAAUGUAUUUAGACAUAAACAUUUAUGUAUCUUAAUAAAUUGACAAGUUAAAGAAAUAAUAUAAACAUUUCGUAUUUCAAUUUUUAUAUUGUAUAGCGACUCCGUAUCUCAAUUGUUAUAUUAUACAGCGACUCCGUAUCUAAGUUCUUAUAUUAUACAGCCACCAGAGCAGCGCUGUUACGAUAUAGUCGAGUUCCCCAACUAUCUGAUACUCGUUACCCAGCUAGUGGAAUUGCGAAGGAGUGACUUCAACACUGACAGUAUUUGGCGGUUUAAGUUUUUUUAGCAAAUCGAUAGAAAAUUUUUAAGACUAAUAAAAAAAUU